CAGAAAGUCCUGGAGCAGAAGGAGGAGUUGGAGCCGGUCUCCGCUGCCCCUGCGGAACAACAGACGCUCUCGCCUUGCUCAGGUUCUGAGUCUGCUUCUCCGUGUCGCACCUUGGAGUUUCUAGCUGGCACCAUUACCUCCAACGAGUGGAGUUCUCCCACCUCCCCUGAGGGGAGCAACGACUCAGGGGGCAGUGAGGCCUUGGACAAACCUAUUGACAAUGACGCUGAGGGUGUGUGGAGCCCGGACAUUGAGCAGAGCUUCCAGGAAGCGCUAGCCAUCUACCCACCAUGUGGACGGCGGAAGAUUAUCUUGUCAGACGAAGGCAAGAUGUAUGGCCGAAAUGAGCUGAUUGCCCGCUAUAUUAAGCUGAGGACAGGGAAAACACGCACAAGGAAACAGGUAUCUAGUCACAUCCAGGUCCUGGCAAGGCGGAAAGCUAGAGAGAUCCAAGCCAAGCUCAAGGAUCAGGCAGCUAAAGAUAAGGCCAUGCAGAGUAUGGCUACAAUGUCAUCUGCCCAGAUUAUCUCUGCAACUGCCUUCCAUAGUAAAAUGGCCUUGCCUGGUCUCCCACGACCUGCCUACCCUGCUGUUUCUGGGUUUUGGCAAGGAGCUUUGCCAAGCCAAGCUGGAUCUUCCCAAGAUGUGAAACCUUUUUCUCAACAACCUUAUGCUGUACAGCCGCCAUUACCAUUACCAGGGUUUGAGUCUUCUACUGGCCUCUCGCCUUCCCCAUCAGCACCAGCUUGGCAAGGACGAAGGGUUGCUAGCUCCAAACUUUGGAUGUUAGAAUUCUCUGCGUUCUUGGAACAACAACAAGACCAAGACACAUAUAACAAACACCUGUUUGUGCACAUUGGGCAGUCAAGCCCCACCUACAAUGACCCCUACCUCGAGGCAGUGGAUAUCCGACAGAUCUAUGACAAGUUCCCUGAGAAGAAAGGGGGCCUGAAGGAGCUCUUUGAAAGAGGGCCAGCUAAUGCCUUCUUCCUUGUCAAAUUCUGGGCUGAUUUGAACACCAAUAUUGAAGAUGAAUCCAGAUCUUUCUAUGGCGUUUCCAGCCAAUACGAGAGCCCCGAAAACAUGGUCAUUACCUGUUCCACCAAAGUGUGUUCCUUUGGAAAGCAGGUGGUGGAGAAAGUGGAGACAGAGUAUGCACGCUAUGAAAAUGGACACUAUUCGUAUCGCAUUCACCGUUCCCCUCUCUGCGAAUACAUGAUAAACUUCAUUCAUAAACUCAAGCACCUUCCUGAGAAGUAUAUGAUGAACAGUGUGCUGGAGAACUUUACUAUUUUACAGGUUGUCACAAACAGGGACACACAGGAGACCUUGCUGUGCAUAGCGUAUGUUUUUGAGGUGUCAACUAGUGACCAUGGCGCCCAGCAUCACAUCUACCGGCUGGUGAAGGACUAGAGACUCUCAGCCCCGAGUCAUCCAUGGGAUGCAUGUCUAAGGAAAAAGCCUGUGCUUGAACAACCCCUGGCCCUCAUACCAAACUGAACAAUAAACUGCAUAUAUUGUGUAUUUUCAGAAAAGCA